GUGAGCACAGCUCCUCCUGGAGUUCGUUGACUGAGAUUUCCCUUAUGGCUGCUCUAUCCCCAGGGGCAGGCAGUGGUUUGUGGUCCCAGAUUGGUAACAGAAGACACUCAGGCAGUCUUAGAAAUUGUACAGCCCCCCGGUCAUGCAGGCACCGCACAGGUGAAAAGGAAGAGAAGGGAAGGUCACUUCCUCAGUGUAAUUUAUAAUCUAGCCCAAGACCAAAGACUGAGUAGGUAGGGAACGGUGCGGCUGGGAGGGAAGGGAAGGAGGUGACAGCAGCUUGGAUUGGGUAUUAGGGUUCCUUUUAAUGCCUGAGGGCUGAGCUCUCAGGGAUGGCCCAACUAGGUGCGAUAGCGGCGCUGUCUGUUAGUUUUCUGGCUGCAACUCUCUUCUCUGCAGUACACAAAAUUGAAGAAGGACAUAUUGGCGUUUAUUAUAGAGGUGGCGCAUUGCUGACUUCCACCAGUGGACCUGGCUUCCACCUUAUGCUCCCCUUUAUAACCUCCUACAAAUCUGUGCAGACUACAUUGCAGACAGAUGAGGUGAAAAAUGUUCCUUGUGGUACCAGUGGUGGAGUGAUGAUUUAUUUUGACAGGAUCGAGGUGGUGAAUUUCCUGAUCCAAGGUGCUGUGUAUGACAUAGUGAAGAACUACACAGCAGACUAUGACAAAGCACUCAUCUUCAACAAGAUUCACCAUGAGCUGAACCAGUUCUGCAGUGUUCAUACUCUUCAGGAGGUCUACAUUGAGCUGUUUGAUCAGAUUGAUGAAAACCUUAAACUGGCUUUGCAGCAGGACCUGACCACCAUGGCUCCUGGACUCAUUAUACAGGCGGUCCGCGUUACGAAGCCAAACAUUCCAGAAACAAUUCGGAGGAAUUAUGAACUCAUGGAGAGCGAGAAGACGAAGCUGCUGAUUGCGGCUCAGAAGCAGAAGGUCGUGGAGAAGGAAGCAGAGACGGAGAGGAAGAAGGCCCUGAUUGAGGCAGAAAAAAUUGCCCAAGUGGCCGAAAUAACGUACGGACAGAAGGUGAUGGAAAAGGAAACGGAGAAGAAAAUUUCAGAGAUUGAAGAUGGUGCAUUCCUUGCUAGGGAGAAGGCAAAAGCUGACGCCGAAUGCUACACUGCCAUGAAGAUAGCAGAGGCUAACAAGCUAAAACUAACUCCUGAGUACUUGCAGCUGAUGAAAUACAAAGCUAUUGCAUCAAACAGCAAAAUCUAUUUUGGCAAAGAUAUUCCCAACAUGUUCAUGGACCACACGGGGAGCAAGCCUGCAGAGGGACUGGUGGAAGAGAUGAGAGGAGAGAAUUGGGCCGCUGCCGCUGAGGAUUUGUGAAACCAUUUUAUAACACCUAAUGACCUUGCAAAAUUUCUGUUUAUUUUUUAACAGAUGAAACAAACUGAGAAGUUGGUUUCCCCUUUUGAUUUUUUCACUGUUCUGAAGCAGAUGAGCCAGACUUAACCCUCUCAACCUUUUGUCUAGAAAUCAGUUUAGACACAAAUACUUUGAUAUUCACAGGCCAUUUUUUGGUUACUUCUCAAGAGCCAGGUUCAGCUCUGCGCCGUAUCUUGACUCCUCCCUUUUGGAGGCCUGAUUAUUCUGGAGCAGGGGGAGAAUCCUGCAAAUUUCCAGCAGGAUGAUUUGUUGUGUGGUUAGGUUGAUUAAAUGAAACUUUGAGUUCUGCAUGAGCAGUUAUAGCAAUUGGGAUAGGGGAGGCAAUGCCCUUCUUUGCUGCUGGAAGCUGUCGUUUCUUUUGUUGGAGAUUUCCAUGACAUUUUUUUGAGCCCUAUGAAAGAGACAAAGGUGCUAGGAUUUCUGAACACUACAUAUCCCAGCAUAAGAAAGGCAGCACGGGUGUGGUGGCAGAGCUUGUUAAUUUCCCAUGUCCUGAGAUCAGUGUUUUCGCAUUCUCCGUAUUUUGUAGAGGGAUAAGGAGGUUCUAAAUUCUGUAAUUCUCUUUCUAGAAAAUCAUCUGUAGAAGUGGUACAACCGGGUCAGGGUUGAGGUGCUCUGGUGGGGGCAGUGUGAGUAUACCCUGUUCCUGUUCUCUGGCUAAAAGGGACAUCAGUCUCCCAAGAUGCCAACAUAUGGUACCUUUCACCAACAUCAAAUUGACUUUUAGGAAAAGUAGCUUACAAAAACGAUGAAUCACUCAGACCCCCGUCUUGCAAACACUUUUGCAGGUGAGUAACUGUGCUCAAGUGAAUGGUCUCAUUGACGUAUCAUCUCCAUAAGUGUUUGUAGGAUUGGGGCCUACGUUUGAAAUAGCCCAGCAUGGUUCAGUGGCUGCCAUACAUUAUCAGGAAGAGAAUGUUCAGACAAGUUGAAGUGAAUGGCUAAUUUAGACCUCAUGUAGGCAUUUUGAUUCAUGUUUAGCAGGGGCAUACAAAACACAGUAUUGUAUAGUCACAGGGAGAGACAGGUGCCCCGUUGUCUUUAGACAAUUCAGAGAGCACAAUUUCUCCUUCUCCCCCCCACCCCCCCCCAAUGAUACUGUAAUACAUGUGGUCCAUUAAGGUGCAAUUUGAUUUGUUUUUAAGUCUUCAAGUAUGCAGCUGUGAAGAGUCCAUAGAUUUUUAUGAUGUAUUAUGUGUGUGUGUAUAUAUAGAGAGAGAGCUAUAGAUAGAUAGA